AUGGCUACAAUGGAAAAGAUCUUUGCCACCUAUCAGGAGCGUCGGAAUUCUUGUAACAAACACUUACCCCUUUACAAAAGGUGUCGCUUGGGUGGAGGAGAACUUACCCCCCUCCACGAGGCCCGUAUCCCAAUCCUUGGCCAAGCCUUUAUACAAAGCGAUUUGACAUACGGUGUUCCCUCCGUCUGGGAUGGUCCCUUUUUCCGCCUCGAUGACCACAUCACCCAAUUGGAAAUCAGCUGCACUAAGCUACGCAUGAAGCUCCCCCUUCCGCCCAACAAAAUGAAGCAGAUUUUGGUCGGGAUGGUGGCAAGGAGUGGCAUUCGUGACGCCCCGUUGGUGGAAGCGCGAUUAUCGCACGAACUGUCCGCCGCGUUACCACCUGGCUGCAUCGACGCCACUGUCAAGAAUCUACAAUGGGGUGACCUGUUGCAUGGUCUCUUCGAGGCUUCUGAUCGCGGCGCCGAAUAUCCCUUCCUGGCCGACGGUGACACCAACCUCACCGAGGGUUCGGGCUUCAAUAUUGUUCUUGUGAAGGACAAUGUCUUGUACACUCCAGCUCGUGGAGUGCUUGAAGGUGUUACGCGUAAGAGUGUGAUUGAUGUCCCUCCAGCCAGCGGGUUUGAUAUUAAGGUUGAGUUGGUACCUGUGCAAAAGGUUUAUGAUGCGGACGAGAUCUUUAUGUGCACCACUGCUGGAGGUAUCAUACCCAUCACCAGUCUUGAUGGCAACAUUUGA